AUGGGCGAGUCGUGCACAUGCAAGUGGUUGCCUCUGGAGGCUGACCCGCUCCUCUUUGCGCAGUACGUGAACGCGCUGGGCGGACCAACGUCUGCCGCCGUCGAGCACGGAGGCGAGACGGAGAAGAAGCACGAAGGCCACGAGGCGCUCCUCUCCUUCGAAGACGUCCUCUCUCUGGAGGACUGGGCAGUCGACAUGAUCGCGCAUCCAACUGUCGCAGUUCUCCUCCUCUUCCCCAUCACGGAGGCGACGGAAAAGGCCAGAAAAGAGCAAGAAAAACAAGAAGCGACAAGCAAACACCUGGAAAACAUCUGGUUCACCAAACAAACUGUCGGCAAUGCAUGCGGCACGGUAGCCCUUCUCCACUGCAUCGCAAAUCUCCCACGUGACAAAUUUCCUCUUCAGCCUGGCCAGUUUCUGGAACAUUUCCUCAAAGAAACAGCGGAUCUCUCCCCUGACGCGCGGGCGAAGCUGCUGGAGACGGACCGCUCGCUGGCGAACUCGCACAAGACCUUCGAGACGAAGGGCCAGUCAGCUGUACCUACACCCGAGAGCGACGUGGAUACCCACUUUGUUGCCUUUGUCUGUGGCGGAAACGGGCAUUUGAUUGAACUGGAUGGGAGACGCGCCGCCCCCGUAGAUCACGGCCCUAUCGGGGAAGAGGGAACGACGCUGGAAGCUGUGGCCCAGAGCCAGCGUCUUCUCAAGAAAGCUGUCAGCGUCAUCAAGAAGGAGUUUGUCGACAGAUGCCCCGGCGAACUGCGCUUUCAAAUCAUCGCUGUCGGCGACGCAAAGGCGCAACGUGUGUGA